AAAAAAACAACACAGAAAACAAAAUCCAGGAGGUAGGCGAGUUACGGGAAGCAACGAAGAGUCCCCGCCUCCGGUAGCUACCCACGUACCCAAAGGCUCCUCCUGACUUGACUUGAUUUGACAAGAGGACAUGAGUGGUCUAUGUCGGUAUGUAUCUGCUUUGCUUGCUCAUUUAGUGUUUCAUUCCUGUUUUCAUUUCUUCUUUUUUUAGGGUUCUGACAUUCCUCCGACCCCUUCCCUCCCCCUUGCCUGCUUGACAUGUCUUUGUGUGCCUGGCCUGUCUGUCUGUUUGGCAGACACUGCUGUAACCAGUUCAACGGACGGUCCGGCCCAUACCACAAAGCUGAGCUCAUGACCUCGUCUUGCGUCCUCCCUUGACUCGUCUUGACUUGACUUGUCUUGACUUGACUUGACUUGACUUGACUAGGGUUCUGUUAUCUUUUCCUUUCCCAGUCUCCUACCUUAUCGUCUCACCUGACCUUUACCUUGACCGUGGACAACGGAUACUGUUUGCGUCGGUUUGUUACUCCAUUCUUCAACUCUCCUUUUGUUUCUUUUCUUUCUGUGACUUGAACAAUUCGACCUGGAUGAACUGGAAACCAGAUCCUGAACCACUCGGUAUUGGUUCACUCCGGUUGUUCUUACCCAACCCAUUCGUUGAUCGAGGCCAGGCCAGUUAGUCGAGACCAGGCCAUCAACCUACCGAUUAAAACCAUCCUUCCUCCUCAUCAUCAUCACCCAUAUUCCCGGAUCUCCUACUACCGUAGGUAGGUAGGGUACUACCGACCAUGAACCACCGAAGUAAAGGCCAACUCAUGUGCCGACUCGAAGGCUGUCAGCACGAAGUCCUCUUCAAGACCGUCGACUCAGGAGGAGGCUCAGGAGGAGGCUACAUCGACCCUCUCGAGCGCCGGGCCAGUAUCAUCAGGGAUAGAAAUGGCCACACUCUGCAGGGCAGAGGAUCGCCGGCUGGAGCUGGAGCUCCGGGUGGAGGAGGGUAUGGUCAUCAACAUCGGUAUUCGAAUGCCGGGGCGUCAUCGACUGUUGCGUCGCCUUUUUGUCAAGCUCAUACCUGCACCCACUUCUUCAGAGAUGACGAGACUUGUACGCAGCUGAAGCCGUCGCAUGAUGCUGUUUGUGCUUAUCACGCGAGGUGUCCCGUUCCCGAAUGCAGCCAGGCGAGACUUCAGUAUUUGGAUCCAGCCUACGAAUCGAGACAUGGUGAUUCUCUGCCAGUGUACCAGAGGUGGGAGUACUGUGCUGAUCACAAGUGCACUAUUCGAAGGUGUCCUCGUCGGAAACCAUCGGCCAAGGCUAGCUAUUGCAAGGAACAUGGGUGCCGUGCCGAUGGAUGUAAGAAACUGGUUCUUGAGAAACAGAUUUGCUGUGAAGAGCACCAAUGCCAGCAGGAUGGAUGUGGAACGAUAGUCGAGGGGAAAUAUCCCUAUUGUGCCAUCCACAUCAAAUGUGACAUCAGUAAUUGCAACAGAGCAAGGCAUAAUGUCGCCGGCACAAAGGAGUACCUCAGAUUUUGCGUGGACCAUGCGACCUGCGCGGUAAACCGUUGCAAAGACAUGAAGGUCGAGCAGUCACUUUACUGCGCACAUCACACGUGUAGGGAGAGGGGCUGUAACAAGAGUAGCCAGUCGAAGCCGUUUUGCAGUGAGCACUGCUGCGCGGAGGUCAACUGUCGAUUUCCAAGACCUUGGGCAGCUAGUCCAAACCCAAGGGAUAAAUUCUGCCCGUUGCACACUUGUCGUGCCCAAGAUUGUCCCGAGUUCGUCGACCGCUUAGCCAUCUUUUGCAGGACUCAUGGUUGCUCAAAACCCAAAUGCCACCAAGAAGUUAUCGUCGAGGGCUUCUGUCUCGAUCACCUCAAAGCCCACUACAUCACCCAAGGCGAACUCAAAGCCCGCGGCGGAUCCUCCUCCUCUCCCAAAGACUCACCCACAUCCACCACCGGCCAACCAACCACCAUGACGACCCGCCCAAACCCGGCACAACCCCCCACCUUCCCCCGCCGCCUCUCCCAACAAUCCCUCACCUCCACCCGUCCCGGGCCGGGCCAGCGCGCAAAUUCCAUCCUCCUCCACAACGGUCACGCCCACGAAAUCCUCAUUCCCCCUGACGAACACCCUGACGAGUUGCUCGACCAUUCUCGUGUUGACCCUAUCCGUUUCCAGCUCAACCAAGUCGUCGCCCAGCAACAACAACACGCCCGUCAGGCUUAUCAGGCUCACGUAGACGAUCCCGAUCCCGACCUGGACAAUGACGAAAACGACAACGACGACAACGACGAUGAUGAUGACGACGACGACAUAAAUGACCACCACCACCUGCCCCCCAAUCUCAACCCCAGUAGUCUAAACAGCCAUCUAAGCCACGUCAGCCAUCAUACCAACCAGAGCCAUCGAAGCCAUCGAAGCCAUCGCAGUCUACACAACGAUAUCCAUAAUAAAGAACCAGGAGGAGGAAGUGGUGGUAGUAAUAGAAGUUCCCUAUCCAGCGAAGCCGUGUCUGCUCUCUCUGAUAAUGAGAAUAUCGGCGCAGCAGCAGUGAUAGUGAAUGGGUCUUCUCUGGUUAACGGAACUAGUGGUGUUGGUAACGGUGGUGCUGAAAGCCCGGGUGAUCCGCCCGAGUAUAGCAAGGUUGCUGCUCCUGGUUCGAUUGUGAGUGUUGGACAGGGACAAGGGCAAGGGCACGGGGAGGGAGGAGAGACGAAGACUGGGGGCGGAAGUAGAAGAGAGGAGAGGGAGAGGGAGAGGAAUAGGAGGAAGGUGCUGGAGAGGGAUGGAACUGGGACUGGGACUGGAGGAGGUGUUGGGAUGCCGGGGAGUUUUGUGGGGGGAGGGGAUGGGAAAGGGGAGGAUAGUGAUGGGUGGUGAGAGUUUUGGGAAGCAGAUGUAGGGAUUUAUGAGUGAUGGGUUGUGAUUAAUCGUGUUCACAUCGUAAGGUGUUGUGGGCGAUUUGGUUUACUUCGC